AUGCUUAGCUUGGAAGAAAUUAAAUACGCGCGUAUUGUUAUAAUACGAUGUGUUCAAAAAAGAUCAUUCCAUCAUGAAAUAAAAGAUUUAAUAAAAUUGAAAAACGUAAGCUCGUCUAGUAAAUUGUUUCGUCUGUUUCCAUUUAUAGAUAACGACGGUUUGAUAAAGGUUGGAGGUCGUUUGAAGAACGCCGCUUCGAUAGACAUUUAUCAACGACACCCGAUUGUCUUACCCGCAGAUGAUCAUUUUACACGUUUAUUAUUUGAACACGAGCACGAAAGAUGCAUGCACGGGAGCCCACAAGCGACUUUAUCUACGAUACGAUUACAAUAUUGGCCGUUAAAUGGUAGAAAUAUAGCACGAAGUACAGUACAUAAAUGUGUGAAAUGUUUUAAGUAUAAACCGAUUGUCGUACAACCAAUUAUGGGACAACUACCUGCAGAUCGCGUAGAACCGUCUCGAGCGUUCCUAAAUUGUGGAAUUGAUUUUGCUGGUCCAUUUUUGAUUAAAUCUAGUUUACGUCGCAAUGCUCUUUUAAGCAAAAGAUAUGUAUGCAUUUUUGUAUGUUUUACAACCAAGGCGACUCAUUUAGAAUUGGUUAGUGAUUUAUCUACACAAUCCUUCAUUGCAGCGCUAAACCGUUUUUUUGACAGACGAGGUAAAAGUAGUGUGAUAUAUUCCGAUAAUGCUACCAACUUUGCCGGGGCAAAUAAUAAAUUAAAAGAAUGGUACGAUAUAUUUCAAGUCGAAAAACAUAAAUCAAAGUUGGAUGAGUUCUUGAUGAACAAUGGUGUGCAGUGGAAAUUUAUACCCGCGCGCGUCCCGCAUUUUGGUGGAUUAUGGGAAGCCGCUGUGAAAUCUAUGAAGAAUAUAGUACGCAAGACGUUAGGUGACACUCAUUUAACAUACGAAGAAUUUAAUACCAUUCUCACGCGCGCCGAAGCAUUUUUAAAUUCCCGUCCUAUUAUACCUCUCUCUACUGGUCCUAAUGACUCAGGAGUAUUAACACCCGGUCAUUUCCUAAUAGGUGACUCUCUGCUAGCAAUUCCCGAACCUGACAUAUCUGACGUCAAAACCAACAGAUUGACGCGAUGGCGUAGGUUAAGUCAUUAUUCUCAAAUAAUUUGUAAAAAAUGGAGCCGUGAAUAUUUAAAUCAACUGCAGGAGAGAAAAAGGUGGGCAGGUGAGAAGGGACCUAAGUUAGAUGUGGGUACUGUAGUAUUGGUUAAAGACGAAAACAUUCCCCCCUUAAAUUGGAAGCUGGGUCGUGUGACGAAGGUUUAA